AUGGAAGUAUAGAGUAAUGUAAUUCUUAUCCGUUAACACGAUGCAUUCUACUUGGAAAAUAUUUUUAAUUUUCAUGUUUUUCUUUGGUGUGAAGAGUCAGUGUUUUAAGAGAACUAAACCAGUAACUGGUUAUGUCCCCGGAGUGGCUGGUAUGUCUUCAAUAAACAAGACAAACUGUGUGAACGAUGUAAUUCUCGAGAAUCCUUUUCUAUCAAAUCCUCUUGAGUGUGCCCGCCCUUGUUCUGAAUUGGGUAGACCGAAAACAUGUUACUAUAAUUUCGUAAUUGAACGUUAUCCAGUUCUAAGUGGAGCAUGCGAUCAUUGUACUCCCGAUACUGCUACUAAUUCGAUUUGCGCCGAUUGUCAAUGCGUGCCAGCCGAUGGUGUACCGCGAAUGGCUUUAACUAUAAAUAGAAUGAUGCCAGGACCAAGUAUACAAGUUUGUUUAGGAGAUCUUAUUGUGGUAGAUGUUAAAAACAAAAUUGCGGAAGACGGAAUAACGAUCCAUUGGCAUGGUGUGUUCCAAAAGGAUUAUCAAUAUUACGAUGGUGUACCUUUUGUAACUCAGUGUCCAAUUGUAGCUGGUUCUACUUUCAGAUAUCAGUUUGCGGCAAAUAAUCCUGGUACUCAUUUUUACCAUGCUCAUACAGGAUUAAAUAAGAUGGACGGAGUUUUUGGUACUCUUGUCAUACGGACUCCAAGGAAGCAAGACCCUAAUAGAAAAUAUUUCGAUACUGAUUAUUCAAGUCAUGUAGUUAUUAUUAGCGAUUGGAUGAACGAAGGAUCUACUGAACGGUUUCCAGGUCGUUCGGCUAGCGGUACCGGUCCGACCGGACAAAUACCUGAUUCUCUACUAAUUAACGGAAAAGGGCAAACGAAUUUCAAUGGCAGUACUACAAAUACUAGUUUGGAAGUAAUUACCGUGGAACCAAAUACACGUCAUCGUUUCCGAUUAAUUAAUUCGUUUUGUUCUGUCUGUCCGGGGCAAAUAACAAUCGAAGGUCAUAACUUGACCGUAAUAGAAACAGAUGGUCAGCCUAUUAAACCCAUCAAUGUAACCUCCAUCGUUUCGUCUGCCGGCGAACGAUACGAUUUCGUUGUAGAGACUAAUCAACCUCCUGGUGCUUAUCGGAUACAACUUCGUGGACUACAAUUAUGUAAUGAUACACAGCAAUUAGGUAUAUUGCAAUAUGCUGGUGCAUCCAACGAAUCAAUCACCAACGAGACUCUUUCUUCAGGAAUUAUUUUGAAUCCAUCAGGUGUUGAUUGCGAUAAUAAUCCCGAAGAAAUAUGCAUCAGUAAGUUGAAGAGUGGCACUCCAAUUGACGAAGGCCUCACGCAACCGGAAACGGACUUGCAAUUUUACAUACCCGUAGGCUUUAUUAAUUAUGACACAAAAGACCUGUUUCAGCCGAAUCGAUAUGAUACCUUUUUAUCUGCGGUACCGCCAGCUGUUAGUGCGGCAACGUUAGACGGAAUAAUAUAUGCAAACCCACCUUCACCGCUGAUUUCUCAAAUCAGUGAUAUUCCUUCGGAUCAAGUUUGUAAUUCUCAAAAUUUGCCAUCUAAAUGCAACGGUAAUUGUUCGUGUACUAAUACAUUGAAGUUUCCACUGAAUUCUACCGUGGAGAUAAUAUUGGUCGAUUCGUCUCAACUUCCAAAUAUCUCGCAUGCUUUUCAUAUGCAUGGAUAUGCGUACAGAGUUAUAAGUAUGGGUCAACCAUUUGGACCCAAUCCGACUAAUUCAACCAUUAGUGUAGAUUAUGUAAAACAACUUGAUGAGAACGGAGGAAUAAAGAGAAAUUCCGAUGGUCCUGGCAAAGAUACUCUUGCUGUUCCGAAUAAUGGAUAUGCUGUGCUUCGAAUCCGUGCAAAUAAUCCAGGAUUCUGGUUCUUUCACUGUCACUUUGUUUAUCAUCAAGCAAGUGGUAUGGAAAUGGUUCUCAAAGUCGGAGAACAAAAAGAUUUACCUCCUGUUCCCCCAAAUUUCCCGAAAUGUGGUAAUUUCCAAAAUCCGAUUAAAGAUAUCUUAAAAAGUUAAUUAUAUUAAUUCACGAUCAUGAAAUGAUUUAGUAGACUGUAAAUAUUUAUUAAUUGUAAAAAUUCCGACGAUUGAUUGUUUUGUUCUGUUUCUAUAAAUAAAUACAUUUGAAU